UUCAAGCGUCUUUGCACAAGUCGUCAUUCAAGUCUCCCCUUCUAAGUAGGACAGAAGUCUAUGCCUAGAGAUGGACAAUUACUUUAUACACAUAUUUCUCACAUUCUUAUUAUUUGUUAAAUAUACAGUGCCUCAAAGUACCCCAAUUGGACUUGUCGCUUCGAUUAACAGCGGAGGAUUAUUAGGAAAUGUAGAAUUUAAACCUCAUCCAUCCGGAAGAAAUUUGACAAUUCGAGUGUUUCUUAGAGGUGGAACAUACGGAGAAAAGUUUAGAUGGAAAAUUCACGAAUUCCCUGCAAUAGCAGAUACAUCAGUACCUUGCAGUCAGGAGAAAGUUGGAAGAUUAUAUGUUGAUUUGACUCCAGCUUAUGGGCAAUUAUCUACGGGUAAAGAUAUAUCUGUGGUUUCAACCCUCAAGCCUGCAACAAUUUUGGGCCGGACAUUGGUACUCAGAGGUUCAGAAACCGGUAGACUUUCUUGUGCCGUGAUUCAACCCAAUACUCGAGUCAAAACGUAUAGAUCCAAGUUUCAUAACCCUCUCGGAGGUGAAGUAGUGCUGAGACAGAGUAGCAUUGGAACUAGCGUGCUUUCACAACUUUACUAUGUUAAUGGUACAAGAAGAGAUUCAGUUCAUAGAUGGGCUCUGGUUCAUACUCAGAGUCAAGAUACUCCUGAAACGACUUAUCAUAAUGAGAUGACACAAUGUUCUAAUGUUCACUCCACUCCACUCAUUCAAUUGUCAGAAACUGUGGGAUACGCUGCUGUUGGAAGGAAGCCAUCUGCCAUAACUGGGCGUACUUUUUAUACAGUGACAAAUUUACAAUUUCUGGACGUAAUCCAAGGCACCGUUUAUGUUAUAGUGUAUUCAGAAUACGAUACAAGCAAAAUAUUAGCAUGUAGUCGCCUCUAUUUGAUUCAACCCAAGCAAGCAGUAGCCAAAUUCCAAAAUGGGCUGACGGGUGAAGUAUCAUUUAGACAGGAAUCUCCUUAUGAUCCAACGCUUGUAACUAUCAAUUUAGAUCAGUUAGAUAAGAAAGCUUACAGUUACGGCGUAGAUGAGCUUCCUUUGAUAUUUAGAGGAAAUAAAAGUGCUGUUUGCCCGAACAUUAAAGCCGUCAUCUAUAAUCCUUUAAAGGUAGUUCCAGACGGUGUACCACCACCCGGUAAAGGAAGUAUAGAUCAAUAUGCAGUAGGAGACUUAAGCGGAAAGUAUGGCACUUUACAAUACAAAGAUAAGCAUAUACAACAAGUUUACGAUCCCCAAUUAUCUCUUUUUGGGGUUAACAGCGUGGUGGGUAGAUCACUUGUAAUAUAUUACGCAGACGGUCGUCCUCUAGCGUGUGCUAAUAUAGAAUUAAGUGGACACAGAGUUAUAACGGCAUUCGCUACAUUCUAUCAAGUUAUACAGGGACAAAUCAUAUUGCGACAGAAUCGUGACGAUUUGCAAUCAGAUACUUCAGUGUACAUCGAAUUAUCGUAUCCCUCUGGAACAGCCGAAACUAAAACAUAUAAUCAUCCUUGGCAUAUUCAUGAGCGUCAUAUACAAACCGGAUCCGCUUUCAGUACUACAGUUUGUGAUCCAGCCGGUCCACAUUAUAACCCAUACAACGUAACCGUAGAUGGAAUAUAUAAUUGUCACUGUAGUGGUAUCGCGCCUUCACGUUGCGAAAUGGGAGAUACUUCGAAAAAGUUAGGAUUCUUAGACAUUCCCCCUUACGCAGUGAAGAACAAUAAACAAGAUAUAGCCAGAUAUUUUUUUACAGAUCCUGAACUCACUCUUGCGGGACCAACAAGUAUUGUUGGAAGGUCUUUAGUAAUUCAUGCAGAAGAUUACGGAAGUCCGAGAAUAGUCUGUUCAAACAUUAUGGAACAUCACGGAUGAAUGAUGCAUCCAUCGACAAAUUGUAUCAAUUUUGUCAAAAAAGGAUUAUAUAUAAACUAUAUAUAAAAUAGCCACUGCAGCUUUAGUUUUAUAAACUGCAAAAGCUUAAAAAAAAAAAAAAAACAGAAAUACUUUUCUCACAUAUAAAAUUAUUUUUGAAAUAUUUAAAAUCUAUUUUCAUAAUCAAUCAAAUCUUCAUAACUUACACUUAAGAAAAAAAAAAUUAAUUAAAUAUUUCAUAACAAAUAAUUUUACAAUAUUAUUAAUAAUAAAUGAAAAAUGGUAUGAAAUACCGAAAUUUUGUAAACGAAACUUUUAUAUUUAAUUUGUGGUAAACCAUAAAUAUAUUGUAGAAAACCAUUGCAAAUAGGACCACAGAAAGCCACAGAAACUAUAGAAAAAAAUUUUCUGUAUAAGGUUAUAUAUAU